AUGGAUUUUUACCGAUCCUCGGACGAAUUGAAUCCGUCACAAGGAAGUACAAAGGCGUAUCCUACCAUCUCAUAUGAAGACCACCCUCGCGAUCGCCAGCCUUCUUUUGUGACAUCUAACAGGGAACCUCUCAGUGCUGCUGAGCGUGCACGCCGGAAUCUCAAUACAAAGCUUGCGAAUCCGCUGGCAGGGUUGAGCCAGGCGGCCUUACGAAGUAGGGGGGAGCGGUAUGCGCGAAAACAUCAGAUUGGCGACGAUGAAGACAUUCGGGCAUUUGCGCUGGGUGCCGUCCUGGCCCAGGAUCCGGAACAGUAUGAAAACGUGGAAGGAUUGACGCAAGAAGAGCUAGAGGUUCUCCGCCACGAGUUCACGCAUAAGUGGUCUCAGCCCAAGCUGCUGUAUCUGGUGAUUGUGAUGUGUUCGGUGUCGGCAGCGGUCCAGGGAAUGGACGAAUCUGUCGUCAACGGCGCACAGAUCUUCUAUAAACCCCAGUUUGGCAUCGACAACGAUGAUUACCGUUCAACGUGGCUCUCAGGGCUUACCAACUCCGCUCCGUAUCUUUGCUGCGCUCUCAUCGGCUGUUGGCUCACAGUUCCAUUCAACCAUCUAUUCGGCCGCCGCGGGACGAUAUUCAUCACUUGCCUUUUCUCUGCUCUCACCUGUUUCUGGCAGGGUUUUGUCAAUAGCUGGUGGCAUAUGUUUGUUGCUCGAUUUGCGCUAGGUUUUGGAAUUGGACCCAAAUCCGCAACCGUGCCCAUAUAUGCCGCCGAAACCACACCACCCGCCAUUCGUGGUGCCUUGGUCAUGCAAUGGCAGAUGUGGACUGCAUUUGGCAUCAUGCUCGGCUAUGCUUCGGACAUAAUCUUCUUCCAAGUCCCCGAUCCGCCAGGGAUAGUUGGCCUAGGAUGGCGACUGAUGAUGGGAUCCGCCAUGUUUCCAGCCAUACUGGUUUGUUUUACGAUAUUCCUGUGCCCUGAGUCGCCUCGUUGGUAUAUUUCCAAGGGUGCCCAUCACAAAGCGUAUAGGUCGAUGUGUCGAUUGAGAUUCAAUAAGAUCCAAGCUGCGCGAGAUUUGUUCUAUAUGCAUACCCUCCUUGAGGCGGAGUCCACGAUGAAGUUGGGCCAACCCAAGAUAGUCGAGCUGAUUACCGUACCGCGAAACCGACGAGCUAUGCUUGCGUCAGAAAUCGUCAUGUUUAUGCAGCAGUUCUGCGGCGUCAACGUCAUCGCCUACUACUCGUCGGAAGUAUUCCUCGAAGCAGGCUUCUCCCAGAUAUCGGCUCUCGCGGCGUCCCUUGGCUUUGGCAUGAUCAAUUGGUUAUUCGCCAUUCCCGCCAUAUACACAAUCGACACCUUUGGUCGUCGCAACUUGCUGCUUGUCACGUUCCCGCUGAUGGGACUCUUCCUCCUCCUCACAGGUUUUGCAUUCUGGAUCCCCGCUGACACAGCACCCGGUGCUCGUGUCGGCUGCGUCGCGCUGGGAAUAUACCUGUUCGGCAUCGUUUACUCACCCGGCGAAGGUCCCGUCCCAUUUACAUAUUCCGCCGAGGCAUAUCCCUUGUAUGUUCGUGCUUACGGCAUGGCCCUCGCCACGUCCACGACGUGGUUUUUCAACUGGAUGCUUGCAAUCACUUGGCCCAGUUUGCUUCGCGCAUUCUCGGCGCAGGGGGCGUUUGGCUGGUAUGCCGGGUGGAAUAUUAUCGGUUUCGUUUUGAUUUUGCUGUUUUUGCCGGAGACCAAAGGCAAAACGCUGGAAGAAUUGGAACAAGUGUUUUCUGUUCCGACUCAUCUGCACGCGAAGUGGGCAUUGAAGCAUAUUGUGAGUGUAAUCCGGAGAUAUAUCCUUUUCCAGAGGCACGUCAAGGUGGAGGAGUUUGGCAAGGAGAAAGAGGGGGAUGAAGGGAGAGGCAUGAGUAUGAGUACCGUGGAGACAAGGCUUCAUAGUGGAUAG